AAAGAGUACCCUUCCACCGAAUGAUCAUUUCACACACACAUUCACAGCAGCGCACGCACAAGUUUUUUAUGUAUGAAUAAAAAAAAAAGUAGCAAUCGUACAUCUAAGAUAACCAAGUGAGACAGAGUGGGAGGCAGAAGAGAGAAAAAGUGCUUCUAAACAGUUGUUACAACAUCCUGAGACAAGACAACAAUAUUUAUUUGUCAUUCACCGACAGUUUAAUUUUUACUGUUACAAUAACAAAAUGGCAGACCUAAUUGACAAUUGGCGGGAUGAGUUACUAAUGAAUAUCCAAAACGACGUGAAAUGGAAAGACUGGUCGAAAACGUUCAGUGCUGCUGAGACGAAUCUACAGAGAUUCACUGCUGUUUACAACUUACCAUUUAUUGAUAAAGUAAUAAGAAUCGAAGAAAUGUCAAUUGAGAAGUCAGCAUCUGAUUCUACAGAGUUUCGAAACAAAGGAAAUGCAGAAUAUGUGAAAAAAAACUAUCGACAAGCAUUUAGUUUUUAUACAAGGAGCAUCCAAAAAGCCCCAGGGAUUGGAGAUAUGCUGGCACUGGGCUAUGCCAAUAGAUCAGCUGUGUAUUUUGAUAUGCAAAAGUAUCACCUCUGUUUGAAGGACAUAGAUUUAGCUCUCAAGAAUGACUAUCCUAAAAAACUGAUGCAUAAACUGUUAGAAAGGCAGGGUAGGUCCAAGUAUGAAAUUGGUUUGAAUGAGGAAGCCAUCAAAUAUUUUGAAGAAGCCAUAAAGAGUUUAGUUGACUCCAGCCUAGAGAAAGAUCGGCAAACGGAACGACAAGCAAAACUUGAAAAAUUCAUCAAAGACUGCCACAAUAAACCUAAAGCUAAGGUGAAGGCUGAAGAAUGCAAUGCAUUUAUGGGACCGCUUCCUAGAAUUGAAGGAGAACGGAGCAGCCAGUUUCCAUGUGCUUCAGAUGCUAUAUGUAUGAAAUAUUCCAAAGAUAAAGGAAGAUAUAUUUCUGCUACCAGGGACAUAAAUGUUGGUGAAGUUCUUGCUAUUGAGAAACCGUACAGCUUUGUGAUCAAUGAUGAUCACCAUUCCAGCCAUUGCCAUCACUGUUGUAAAAGAGCAGAACAUCCAAUACCAUGUUCUUCGUGUGCAGAAGUUGUUUACUGCAAUGCAACUUGUCGAGAAGAAUCUUGGAACCAGUACCACUCUGUAGAAUGUUCCAUUUUACUGUCAAUCAAGCUGUUAGAGUAUGAUGUUUAUCAUCUGGCAUUAAGAAUGGUUAUAAAAGCAAAUUACGAUUAUAUUAAGAAUUUUGAGGAAAAUUUUGCUGAUGAAAAAUCUACAAAACCUUCAGCAAUAGGGUUUAAUAAAUUAGGUCAAUAUGAUUCUGAAGAUUAUUGGUCAGUCUAUAACCUUGUGAACCAUUCAGAAGACAGAACUUUCUCGGAUCUAUUUCGUCGAACAUUAACAGCAGUUUAUCUUUUGAAAUGUCUAGAGAGAACUAAAUUUUUUUCAAAAGCGGAUGAUUGCAAAGACAUUCAUCUUAUUGUUGGUGGCCAUAUUCUUCGCCAUCUUCAAAUGUUACCAUGCAAUGCUCAUGAGAUAACUGAACUAUCCAUCAAUCUGAAACAGCCCUUGAAGUCUAGCGCAGCCGACAUUGGAUCUGCUGUCUAUGCCACACUUAGUUUAUUCAAUCAUUCUUGUGACCCUAAUGUUGUGCGACACAGCUAUGGGAAUUUGUGCGUUGUACGAGCCAUCCAUCACAUUCCCAAAGGAAUGGAAGUUGUUGAUAGUUAUGGUAUUUUAUAUCCAGUCGACGACAUAGAGAAACGAGAUGCUGAACUUGGUCGUCGAUAUUUCUUCGACUGUUCCUGUGUAGCCUGUGCUAACGACUGGCCAAUGUACGAUGACAUUCCCAACCAUUCACCUUAUUUUAAAUGUGAGAAAUGCCAUCAUGUCCUUGGCCAAUUUGAAAAUGAAGACCAAGAUUUUGAUUGCAGAAAUUGUGGUGAAAGACAAGUUUUAUCUUACAGAGUGAAGGAGCUGACGAUAAUUGAGCCGAAAUUUGAUUCCGUAUUUAAUGACGUACUUUCUGGAGAUUAUUCUGAUGAAACUUUCUCUUUUCUAUUAAAACAUUUGUCUUUAAUGGAGUCGUGGAUAUGUCGACCAUGGCAAGACCUCAACAACUGUCAGGAAGCCUUGAAACAAAUUUAUAGCACCAAAGCAAACCAUUAUAUUUGCGUUGAUAAAUAGUGAAAUCCUUUCAACAGCCUUGAAAAUGGCAAAUUUGGUUGUCUGCUGCAUGUGAAGCGUUUCAGAAAUAAUUUAUAUGAAAUUUAUGAGCUCAGCUCAGAAUUUAAGGAACUUUUUUUUUUUUUUUUUUUUUAAAGACUUACAAUGACUUAGUAUUUUAUAAAAUACGACACGCAAUGAAAAGCUACAUUAGUUUCAAGAGAUCAGAAAUAAGUUGAAAGAAUAAAUAACACCUAACGCCAUCUGGAUGAAAAAUCAUAAGUUAGUGUUAGCUUUAAAAUAACCACUGCAUUAAUCAUGUUGACUACAAUAAUGAAGGAAAACAAUAUCUGUCUUUGACUAAUAUCUUCAAUAAUUUCAGCAAGUAGGGGAGACAACUUCAGACAUGUUUUGGUCUUAUAGUGACCUUUUUAACGAAGAAUAAAAUAUUAGUCAUUGUUUUUUUUUAACCUCAUUGCAUAAUUAUUUUUAAACAUAAUUAAUGCAGAGAGGAUUAGAACAUUAAUGCUAAAUCCUAACACUAAGUUGAAACCUAAAUGUCUGUGUGUCAUUUUAUCUUACCAAAGAUAUUCUUUUAUUAGUUUCAGCCAGUGUUCUGUGGCCAUGCUGGGGUACUGCCAAUUGUGAUAAAUAAUUGUAAUACAGUGGCAAUUAUUAUAAAGUUGAUCAUUUUGGUAAGCCAGAGACUGAGGAAUUCUAACGGCUUUCAGGAAGUAAAACAAAAAAUUCAAGCCAGUAAUUUUGUGAAUGCAACAAAUAAAUAAUAUCAAUAAUAAUAUAUUAAAUAUAUUUGAGUAAUUUAUUGAAAUAAAUUAUCUAUUCCCUACCCCUUCCCUCCAAAGUUAACAAUCCACUGACAUUAAAGUACCUUCUUCCAAAUCAGUCGAGCAUUUUUACUGGUUUUCAAUAAAAAGCAAAGAAUGUUUUUAUGAAAUUGGUUAUAAAAAAAACUUACUAAUUUUA